AUGCAGGCAGCUCAUGCCCCCAGCUUCCGCCACAUCUCGCCACACAUCGUUGAAGUGAACCCGCGUCGCAUCAGCCAGUUCCACGACUCGCGAGAGAUGGUCCUCGCGAUGUAUGGCGCGAUAGUCGCGCAUGAGGGCUACUACGUCGCGGGGAUCUUGCACAGGAACGUGUGCGAGGCGAAUAUCUGGAUAUUUGAGAGGCAGACGGAGGAGGGAAAGCGGCAUGUCGCUGGCGCGCUGCUCGAUGUUGAUCGCUGCGACAGCUACAAGAGUUUCAGGCAGGCUGAGCGGCAACCUCCGAGGAGCAACGCGGAAGAGGAGGUCGACUAA